AUGGGUGACGCUGUAGCUCCAAACGCCCUCGCCGAUACCAUGCGAGUGGAGGCGCCGGUCACCUUCAAGACUUAUAUGAUGUGUGCCUUUGCAGCCUUUGGCGGUAUCUUCUUCGGUUAUGAUUCCGGUUACAUUAACGGUGUCAUGGGCAUGAGUUAUUUCAUCCAGGAAUUUGAAGGCUUGGAUCCCGCCACCACCGACUCGGCUCAUUUCGUUAUCUCAUCGUGGAAAAAAUCCCUGAUCACAUCCAUCUUGUCGGCAGGAACAUUUUUCGGUGCUUUGAUUGCUGGUGAUCUGGCUGACUGGUUUGGACGUCGGCUCACCAUCGUCUCCGGUUGUGCCAUCUUCAUCGUUGGUGUCGUUUUGCAAACCGCGUCAACCACCGUCGCUCUUCUCGUGGUGGGCCGUUUGGUUGCCGGAUUCGGUGUCGGUUUCGUGUCGGCCAUCAUUAUCCUGUACAUGUCCGAGAUUGCUCCUCGCAAGGUCCGCGGUGCCAUUGUGUCGGGUUACCAGUUCUGCAUCACCAUUGGUCUGAUGCUGGCUUCUUGUGUCGACUAUGCCACCCAAAAUCGCACGGAUUCCGGUUCUUAUCGCAUUCCGAUUGGCAUCCAGAUUGCCUGGGCUCUCAUUCUCGGUGGGGGUUUGCUCCUCCUGCCGGAAUCGCCCCGUUAUUUCGUCAGAAAGGGCCAGAUCGAGCAGGCGUCGCAUGUUCUCGCUCGUGUCCGUGGCCAGCCCGAGGAUUCCGAGUUUAUCAAGCAGGAGCUGGCGGAGAUCGUUGCCAACAAUGAAUACGAGAUGCAGGCGAUGCCCCAGGGUGGGUACUUCACGACCUGGCUGAACUGCUUCCGUGGAAGUAUCUUCCACCCCAACAGCAACCUCCGUCGGACCGUCCUGGGUACUUCUCUUCAGAUGAUGCAGCAAUGGACCGGUGUCAACUUCGUGUUCUACUUCGGCACCACAUUCUUUAGCUCCCUCGGAACGAUUUCGAACCCCUUCCUGAUUAGCAUGAUCACCACCAUUGUCAAUGUUUGCUCGACUCCCGUCUCGUUCUACACCAUGGAGAAGAUCGGACGUCGCCCCUUGCUCUUGUGGGGUGCUCUUGGCAUGGUUAUCUGUCAGUUCAUCGUCGCCAUUACCGGUACCGUCGUCGGCGACAAGGGCGGCAACAACGCUGCUGUCAGCGCCGAGAUCUCCUUCAUCUGCAUUUACAUCUUCUUCUUCGCCAGCACCUGGGGUCCUGGCGCAUGGGUGGUCAUCGGCGAGAUCUUCCCUCUGCCCAUUCGUUCCCGCGGUGUGGCUCUAUCCACCGCGUCUAACUGGCUCUGGAACUGCAUCAUCGCCGUCAUCACCCCGUACAUGGUUGACCAGGACAAGGGCGAUCUCAAGUCCAAGGUGUUCUUCAUCUGGGGUUCCCUGUGCACCUGUGCCUUCAUCUACACCUACUUCCUCAUCCCGGAGACCAAGGGACUCACCCUCGAGCAGGUGGACAAGAUGAUGGAGGAGACCACGCCGCGGACCUCCGCCAAGUGGAAGCCCCAGACCACCUUCGCAGCCGACAUGGGAUUCACCGAGAAGGACAUCGCCGAGAAAGUCCACGUCGCCCAUCGGGAAGUCUAA